UAGCCAAACUAAAAAAAAUUUGUAUUGGUUUUGUAGAUAUGUAAUACAAAAAUUCUGAGUGACUAAACAAAUAACUAGUAUGCCUAGAAAAAUUAUAUUUGCAUAAAAUUGAAAGCAAAACCAGUUCAAAAUGCUGCACGUAUUCCAUGUGGACUCAGGGCGUAUGAUGACGUUUGACAUGAGCCUAGCUCUAGAAAGCGUCGACAACCUGAAACGAUACGUCCAAGAGGAAUUUAAAAUACCAGCUGAGAAACAAGUGUUGUUGAUUAGCGGAGGAGAAUGUUUGGAUCCGAAAAAGAGGGUGUGCUCCUAUUCGGCAGGAACCGACACAAAUCCUAUUUUUCUUUUUAGUAAAUCAAUUAUCGAAUCUCCGACUCCUCCUCCGUCUACUGGAGAUUAUGGAAGUGAGAGUGAUGUCGAUCUCAAAGUUCAAGAACACUGUGAUAUGCCGGUAACAUUCGGCACCGUUGCCAAACGAGCUCAAUUGGCACAACAACUCGUUGAACUAGCUCGAAAACAGUUAAGUGUCUGUGAAAAUAUCGUCCACGAUCAACAUUUGCAACAACAGGGAUGGUCAGCUGUCGUCGCCAGUUUGGAAGAUAUCACUUUCGAAUUCAAGAAAAGGGCGGAUAUAUUCCAAAAGUGCUUCGAGGAAUAUAUUGAAGAAAGGGAGUCGUACGCGAAGUUUCUGGGGCUGGUGGAUCCAGAUGGUGAUGAAAUAACUGUUAAAAAAGAGGAGAAAAAGGACCACACGGUUGUUUUCUCAAUAUCGCCCGAAACUUAUGACAGUUAUUUAACCAGAAACGCACCAUGCAAUGCUGUUUUUAAUAAUGAUCUGAGAACGCUACAAAGGAUACCGGUAUUGCCAGCUCUUCUACUGAAGAAUCCACGAUUAGCCAUAGCCGAUUCGAAAACUUCCGAAGAAGAUGAAUUGUCUAACACAUCACAAACUAGCAUUAGUGGAAAGGAAGUGAGCCUUUACGAUUGGAUGUGCGGUUCUGACACCAUGGACAAACUGUAUGAUCAUUGUUGCAGAGGUAUUGAACAGUUCGACAAGAAGGUUUUGAAAUCGCUUUCUGAAGACAUUGCAGAAAUGCUAAAAAAUGCCGACAAUGUACAAAUGAAGGAAGUUAAGGGGCUAGGCGAACGCCUCUUCGGACUCGAAACUCUUAUGAGGGAAGCCAAGAAGUAUAUGAAAAAUCAAGCAGAGUUGGCACAGUCCUUCGCUAAUAACCAAAACAGGGCGAGCAACACUAAAGAUGCCUCCGUACUUCCUGAUUUAUGCAUGUCCCAUAAAAAACAAUUACAAAUGAUGGCUUUUAACCACGCCCAAAUCUGUGAUAUUAGAAGAAGAUGCGCUAGAGCGAAAGAAGAACUGAGUGUUAAUCUCUACCAUAGGCUUAAGUGGGUGAUGUACAUAGAGGAUCAUAUAUUAGAAACAGAUCACAAAUUAGUUAUUUAUCAUGAAAGUUUGAAGAGAUUAAUUAGGCAUUUGAUAAUUCUUCAACAGGUACAUUUAGCUCCAGCCACAUAUUUGUGUGCUGUUGCUGAAGUGGUCAGAAGAAGAACUUUUUCUCAACACUUUUUAUUGUGGGCUUCAGAAUUAGCGUGCCAUCUUCUAACUAUUCAUAAUGAAGAAAUAGCUCGACGAAAAGAAUUCCAAUCUCAGUUCGAAGGGCACUUUUUAAAUUCCUUGUUUCCUGGAAUGGAUGAUUUGCCUCCAGAUUUUGCAACGCAGGCACCUCCAAUGUUCGAUACCGGACUACCCAAACUUACCCAAGAAGAUAUAGAUAAGUUGAAACAGGAUUUGCCAGAUAUGGCAGAAAAUUUGAACGUUCCCGAUACUAGUGCUCUGACGAAUUUCUUCCUUCAGCGUUCUUUGACCGCACGAAAAGAAGAAGAAAUACAGGAGGAAAAAAUGGGAAACGAGGAAGAGAUCAAGGCUGUGGAAGAGAAACUGAUACAGGCUGUUAGUGAUGUAGGAUUAGCUAGUGAUUUGGAUAGGGAUAUACUCAGGGGUACAGGGAGCGAACCUUGUCUCACCACUGCGACAGGUUUGCCUCAUCUUAAGGAUUUAGAUAGGGGUUGUGAGUCUGAAACAGACACUGAAGAAUUCGAAAAAGUUGGCCAGAGUCCGUUGGAGCUGCAUUUUGAUAAGAAUAUUCCAUCACCUCGUCCACGCACCCAAGACGCGUCUACCUCCACCGAGGUCAGUGACACCAAAGCAUCCGUCCCUCCUAAAAAACCACCUAGAACCUUCCAACAGAAAUCAUCCUUACAAGAACACUCUUCCUAUCAUUCCCAAAGAACCCUAAGCGUCAGUUCAAACACAGACUCAUUUACAAAUAUCAAACACCCUUCCCUAGAAUCCAUAGAGGAAUUUUCUAAUCUCAAACCUAGUGAUAGUUGUUUUAAUUCUCAUUAUCACGGAAACCCCGCGCUGCGAUCUAAAUCCAUAUCCCCGCACACACCUCAAAGUCCAAUGGUAAACAGUCCCUUGGGCCACCAGAGCGCACACAACGUCACAGGAGUAGGGGAUUUUUCAAAUGAUGAGUUUUACAUCGACGAGAGCCUACCUUCGAGUCUGAGUAUCGAGACGGGACACAGUCAAGGCUCUGAAUUUAUAAAACAACUCGACACGGCGCAUAACGUUGUAGCUCUGUUACAGGAAAAUCUUCAAAUAUCCAGAAGUGAGCAUGAAAAAUUAAAAACGGUGUUAAGAAAAUUAUACCAAUUAGCCAGAGACGCGAUUCUACAACUCAGAUCUGAACAAGCAGUCCUCAGAACGCAGAUUGUAGCCAACAAAGAUAGUGCUAGUCAGUAUUGCGAUAAAAUAAAUAGUUCCUGGGCAAAUCUUAUACUUUUACAACAGCAACAAGAAAAAGAAAAUCUUGAAGUAAUAACAAAAAGUUAUGAGAAUGUCAUUAGUGAAUUAAGAAAGCAAGUAGAAAUGCAAAAUAAACAAAUAGAAGAUUUAUUUAAUGAGAAAUCUGCGUUAGAAGGAGAAAUAAUACUAUCAUGUCAAGAUCUAAAUACGAACAUGGAAAAGCUCAGAGAAGAAAAUGCAAAAACUAUCGAAGAUCUGCAGAGACUUUUAGAAGAGAAAGAUGUAGAAAAAGAAAAAAUAGUGAAAGAAACAACGGAUAGGCUGACAAGAGAUUAUAAAGCUGAAAUAGAAAGCAUUAGAUCUAGAUUUAAACUUAUGACCAUGGAAAGAAGUCCAUCAGAUAGUAGUUUGGAAAAAUCUGUAGAUUUUAGCAACUUAGCUAGUAAUUCUCCCUUGUUAUUGCAAAUGAAAGAGAAGUUUGAAAUGGAUAAAGAACGAGCAGUCAGUGAAGCGUUACUUAAAGAACGGGAGAAAUGGGAAAAGCUCAUGGCUAUAAGGAUACGCGAAACUGAAACCAAACUUUCGGAAGAAAAAGAUAUUUCGCUCCAAAAUCUUGCUAAAAAAAUAACAGAGGAAAAAGAUAAGCAAAUCGACUUUUUAAUGGAAAGAGAAAAGAAUCUGAAUUUAGAAUGUAUUAAAUAUAAAAGUACCAUUCAACAGUUGGCUGAGAGCGAAAUAGAGAGUAGUGACGUGGAACUUUUAAAAAAAAUUAACGCUUUGCAAGAAGAGAAAGAUGCCUUGGCAGAAGAGCUGGAAAAAUGUAGGAGUCAGAACGUCAAGGCUGUGGAUAUGUCAACUUCGGUGGCUCUUUGUGAAGGUAAAGUAGACGUCACGACGCGUUCUAUCCUAAAACAGAAAGAAUCCAAAAGAAGUGAGCCAACACCUAAAGGAAUGCUUAGUGUUGAAAGUUGUAAGUCGGGUGAUCGAGUGAUCGUCGGCUGGGACAAAGAACACGAAAAUUUUAGAGUAGUUCAAGAAAAGCAACAUCUCUAUUUUGUGCAUUCUGAUUAUUUAGAAGGUUUAGGUCUAGAAGUCAACGAAGGACAACCUAAUAAGCAUUUUUGUAUUGCAGAAGUUUUAGAUAAAGAAUAUUGUUAUGCAAGAAAGUCUGACAAUAGAUAUAAAGUACCAAAAUGUACCAAAUUCUUUCGAGUAAAAGUACGGCCGUCAAUCUCUACAUUAUCACGUGAUACCUCCGUCUCGCAGAGCCUAUAUCAGCCUUCCAGCACCGGAGAGCAUUCUCGCAUGACACAAAGUCAAUCUGCAGUAUCCAACACGUUAGAAGAAAUGAUGUUAGAAGAUAAAUCUUCACCAGUGAGAACACAUCCACCAAUACCAGAGAGGGACGAAACGGAUGGUGUCGGUCCAGAGCUUUUAGAGGCUGUAGCUAGUGUAGAAGAAACUGAAACUACUUUAGUAGAGCAAAUAGAACAGCGAGUUAUAGUACAUAAUGCCGGAGCGGCUAAAUGGCCUGAACAGCAUUUUGCAGAAGAUAGCGGCAUUGUUGAAAAUAUAGAUAAUGUUGAGCAAGCCAUGGCGGCUAUAGAUGAUACUCUCACUGAGAUAGAAAAUCAAAAUCUGAAUGAGAAUUGUGACCGGAACGUUCUUCCAAUUUUGUUUGGAUUUUUAUUUACAAAAGUUCUUUAUGAAGCCAUGAAUCAUGUAGACCUAUGAAUCUAUCAUUGACGGAAGUGAAUGCUGAACCUGUAUACACAGAAAAAAUGGGUAAUUACGAAAAAUCAUUCAUUUAAUAAAAACAUUGCAUUUCUUGUUCACUCAAAUCACAUUUUAUUCUUAUAAGCCAAAAUUAUUAAUAAACUUUUGAC